AUGAAAACGUCAACAACAACGCUCUUGAUGUUGACUAUUUUGAUUUUUUUUCCUCCUGGGUAUAGGUUUUGCCCUAAAGACGAAGAGCUCAUUGUUUAUUACUUGAGAAACAAGGUAAACAAUCAGCCUUUACCUCGAAACAAGAUCGUGGAUGUUAACCUUUAUAAAUACAACCCCUGGGAUCUUGCAGAGGAGUACAGAAAAUAUGGGGAGAAUGAAUGGUACUUUUUUACACCAAGGGAAAAGAAGUAUCAAAAUGGAAGUAGACCAAAGCGGGCAGCUCGUAAUGGAUACUGGAAGGCAACUGGAGCUGAUAGACCUGUCAAGCAUGAUGAUGUUGUGGUUGGAUAUAGGAAGGCACUUGUUUUUUACAGUGGAGAUCCUAAAAGUAGCACAAAAACUAACUGGAUAAUGCAUGAAUAUAGGGUCAGUGAUGCUCCCUCACGUAUCAGAAGAAGUGCCGAUGACAAGAAGUUGGAUGAUUGGGUUUUAUGUAGGAUAUACAAGAGAACUGAGAAAUCCAUCAUAAGUGGACAUACAAAUGAGGAACCUGCACAGUUAGAUGAUGGAGAUGUUGAUGUGAAUGUAGAACACGAUGGUGAUUCCCAAGGUUACACAAAUACUGUUGCUGAUUAUGAGCAGCCUAAUCCAAUUUCAAUUCCAUUGCAGGAGUUUGAAGAUAUAUUUUCUGAUCUCCCUCCAUUGGAAGACUUACCGAAUUUCAAAAGCUAUAUAUGUUCAUCAGCAACCAAUUCUAGAAGCGGAUGGUUAUUGUUCCUAUGGGACAUCAAUGGUGGAACCUGCAUUUGA